AUGUUGCAGAAGGACGUCGAGUAUGAGCCCCAAAGCCCGAAAAAGGUACAAGUAUCACGCCUUGGCGUUGCCCACGGGCGCUCAGCGCCGCGCCUCCGUGAUCGGACUACUGGGAGCUCCGAUCAUAGCGGUGAGAUAUCAUCUUCGUUCCAUCACGAGGAAUCAGCCAGCAACUCAGAAGCGCAUAACAAGGAAAUUGGUGGCCAUAAAGGGGUACGGACGACCGACGAGAAGAAAGAGAUACUGGGUACUAUGCUAGGAAACGUUGAUGCUCUUGUCGAAGGUGUCCGCAAGGCUGGAAUAUGGGGCCUGAGUUAG